AUGCUUGCAGCUUUACAUUUUGGGGUGACUACUCCAGGGCCUCCAAAGGUCGAGUUGAAACUACAGACAACUUGGUCUGAAGACAGAUUCUACACCACGAGCGACCACAUUGAAGGCUUCGUGUCAAUCGAAACCACCAGCGAUGUGCCUCUUGGAAAACUUACCGUUACCCUCCAAGGUAGGACAGCCCUGGAGGGCCCAGAAGAAUUAAUCAUUUGCAUUACUAAAGUGUCUGUAGGAACCUCGAGCAUCGGCAUAGGUCAAGCAAUAUCCUCACGGUCAAGAUGCCAGCAAAUAUUCCUCAGAGUCAGCCAAAUGAUUGACCCAAUGCAACAUGCAGUCUUGAAAACUCAGAAGAGUCACUACAAGUACUGUUGUCCGUUUUCGUUGGAAGUGCCCGAGAAAAUCCAUCCUCAGGUUUGCAGGCACCGCACACAAAGUCUUGCUGUCUAUGAAUCUCAUACACGGAUUCCCCCAACCCUAGGGAGCGGCAAUGUGGAAUUUUCUGGUCAAUCUGCGCUAACAGAUACACUUUCUGAUACUGCUGAGGUAGCAUACACCUUACAUGCAUCGCUUUUUGCUCCAUUAUCGGGCCGAAACAGCCAGCCGAUCAUUUCGACGCAGAUGAAAGGAAUCAAAAUCCUUCCAUCUUUUCACCAAGAGCCUCCCCGCGAAGGGUUUGGUUCAGAGCUCUACUGCACAUCCAAAGAGAAGAACCUCAAGCACGGAAUAUGGAACCGUCAAAUAGGCCGACUCACAAUUUCCGCGUCGCAGCCCGAGCCUUUGAACUCCAGCCACAUCAUCUUAUCUGAGGAACACAACCCAGACACCACGACAGUCAUUGAUUUGAACUUUGAUCAGGAAGGAACGACAAAGCCCCCUUUACUAUGUUCCCUUACGACUAGGUUGAGCGCUGUCACGCUGUACGGCGCGGUCCCUUGGGAAUCGUAUCCAGAUUUGCUGGUUGGGAAGAUAUCAUUUGCCGACUAUGGUCGAGGCAUGGAUUGGAAGGUGAUGCCUUUGUCCAAAAUGUGUGUGGAAUCGGUUCGCUGGAUUGAGAAGCCUGCCUACUCCUCGUGUGAGCAGCCUUCGGCCCCUCACUUGGCAAACUACGAUAAGCCAGCCACCAGCACCCAGCACACGGCGUCCAUCGUGGUACCAAUAACAAUACCCAAUAAUCAUCACCUGGUCCCGACUUUCCACUCAUGUUUGAUAUCCAGGGUUUAUCUCCUCGAGUUUUCCUUAUCUUACAAACAGUCCGAUGCCCAGAUUCUCACCUCAAGUCUAUCUUUGCGGGUACCGGUACAAGUCAUCGCGUGA